CUCUUCGCCUCCCCACCCACCUCUCGUCGCAGCAUGGUCAAGAAGGCCCAGGCGGCGCCCGCCGCCCACGUGGCGCCUGCACGCUCCGCCUCCUCCUCGCUCGCAGACGGCUCCGGCCUGGCGCACCGCUCGCGCGCACGCGGCCUGCUCGACGCCAGCAACCUGCCCGCGCUGCAGAACCUCGUCAAGCGCGACCCGCCGGCGUACGCAGACGAGUUUGCCGCCCAGUGGCACCACUACCAGAGCAUCCGCCGCAUCUACGCCGCCGAAAUCGGCGCCGCCGACGAGGGCGGCGCCCAUGUGGCGGCGCCCAGAGUGGCAAAGGACCAGGAGGAGCACUUUUGUGCCCUCCUCUCGUUCGUCACGCAGCUGGCGCCCUCGUACCCGCAGCUCACCGCCUCGUACCCGGGCGAGCUGGCCGCCUUCCUGCUGCAGCACCAUGAGCGUCUGGGUGCCGACGUGCGGCGCUCGGCCGUGCGCUCCCUCGUGCUGCUGCGCAACCGCGAGGUCAUCUCCAGCGAGGAGCUGCUGCGCACUCUCUUCCCUCUGCUGAGCAUGACCACCUCUGCCUCUCUGCGCUCCCUCAUCCAAACGACGAUUCUGCAAGACAUCAAGGCGCAGAACCGCAAGUCGCUCAACCAUCGUCUCAACCGCGUCGUGCAGGGCCUCCUCUUUGCAGUCGUGGAGCGCGGCAUGCCCUCCCGGGACGCGCCGCAGCCGCACGCCGCACACGCACGCGGCGAGAUCAAGAGUCGCAGCGAGGCGCUGUGGGCCGUCCGGCUGGCGGCGGAUCUGUGGCGCAAGAACAUCUGGAAGGACGCAAAGACCGUGUCGCUCAUUGCGCUGGCCUGCUUCCAUCCCCAUCCCAAGGUGCAGUCCUCCGCCGUGCGCUUCUUCCUCGGCGAUCUGCACCAUGCCGAGAACGGCGAGUCGUCCGACUCGGACUCGGAGGAGGAAGCGGCCAUUCCCGACGUGAACAAGAUGCAGCACGCGCGCAAGGUCAACAAGAAGACGCGUGGCGGCGAUCGCAAAGUGCGCCAGGCCGCCGCGGUGGCGCGCAAGCGCAGACGAGAGGCGCAGGAUGGCAGAGAAGAGGUGGCAGAGGGAGAUGGCAGAGCCAACUUUGCGGCGCUGUAUCUUUUGAACGACCCGCAAGGGUUCGGAGAGCGCCUCUUUGAGAAUCUCAGCAAGGGCGACCGCAAGAUGGGCAUCGAGCUCAAGGUGCGAGUGAUGCAGCUGCUGAGCCGAGUCAUGGGAGCGCACAAGUGCUGCAUCUUGAGCUUCUACUCCUACGUCGUCAAGUAUCUCAACCCGCAUCAAGUGCACAUCACGCUCAUCCUCGUCUCGCUCGCGCAAUCCGUGCACUCGCAGACGCCGCCCGAUGCGCUGCAGCCCGUGCUGCGCAAGCUGUCCGAUGCGUUUGUGCACCCGGGCGUCGGGCCCGAAGUCGUGGCGGCGGGCAUCAACUCGAUCCGCGAGACGUGUCGGCGGCAGCCCUGGGCGAUGGAGAAGGAGCUGCUCGCCGAUCUGGUGGGCUACCGCAAGAGCAAGGACAAGGGCGUCGGCGCGGCCGCACGAGGCCUGCUGCAGCUCUAUCGCGAGGUCAAUCCGGCGCUGCUCGCGCGCUCGGAGCGCGGCAAGAGCGGCGCUCUCAGCGUGGCGGAAGGCAAGGCGCCAAAGGCAUUUGGCGAGGAGGAUGAGGGACAGGUGGGCAUCCCAGGCCUGGCGCUGCUGGAGAAGCAUCUCGAGGAGCACGAGGGCGAAGAGGACGAGGACCCGGAAGAGGCGGAGCGGAAAGCCUGGGCAGGCUGGGAGGAGGACAGCGACGACGACUCGGACUCGAGCGGCGGCUGGAUCGACGUCAGCUCGGAUGAGGGCGGCGAUGAUGCGUUUGACGUCGAGGACUCCGACGAGGAGAAGGACAAGGCCGACGAGAACAAGGACAAGCGCAGCAUCAAGGAGCGCCUGGCCGCACGCCGCGAACGCAGACGCGAGCAGCGCAGACGCGAGAAGAGCGGCGAGGCGACGGCGGAGCUCGACGACGACGAGGCAAGCCAGGCCGACUCGGAGGAGGGCGGCGAGGGCGAACAGAGCGAGGCGGCCAAGGUGGCCGAGAGCGCGGCGGCUGCCGAGCAGGAGUUCUCCAAGCUGGCCACCACGCGUAUCCUCACGCCAGCAAACUUCGCCAAGAUGGCCGAGCUGCGCCUCGCCGCCGCCGAGGCGGCCGCCGCCGCGGGCGGGCGCGUGGGCGCCAAUGCGAAGCGCGAAGUCGAGUCGAUCAAGGCGGCGCGCAAGCGCACCCAGGCGGCCGCGGCUGCCUCGGCCGAUGGCGUCUUUCUCGACGAAGCGACGAUCCUGGGGCCGCGCAAGAAGAGAAAGGCCGACUAUGAGGAGAGAAUGGCCAGCAUUGCCGAGGGCCGCGAGGGCAGAGAGAAGUUUGGCUCCAAGAAGGGCAAGAAGCAGCGUGGCUCGACGACCAACGAGGAGAAGAGCAAGCGCAGCAAGGCCUUUGCCAUGACCUCCAAGUCCUGGUCGGUGCGCAGCAAGAGCAAGACGAGCCUGGCGGAAAAGUCGCGCAAGCUCAAGGCGCACCACGAGACGCAGCGCAAGCGGCGUGGCAUGAAGUGAGGGCCUUCUCUGCCUCCCCUCCUUUUCCCCUUCUUCCCUCCAUCCGGUCGAUCUCGGCUGUCUCGCUGGGCUGCGCGUUGGGCGCGCGAAUGUCACUUCUGUGCAGAGACG